AACCUACCCACUGUCAUCAAUGGUAUAUUGACUCCAGAACAACUAGAUGCUUACCAGAUAGUGUAUAGAAUUGAAGAGAUAACGCAAAAGAUUUCUACAAAUGAUAUAGCACCCCCAAAAAAACUUUCAAGGUCCCCUUCACCGCCACCGCAAUAUGAUGCUAGUGGUAAGAGAACAAAUACAAGAGAGGCUAGAUACAAAAAGAGUCUGGAGGAUGAAAGACAUCAUUUGAUUGAUAUUGCUGCUAGACUGGUUCCACACUACGUUGCACCAACUGAUUACAGAAGACCAAAAAGCUUAACACAAAAGUAUUUUAUACCCGUUAAAGAGCAUCCAGAACUAAACUUUAUCGGACUUUUACUAGGGCCUAGAGGUAAUACAUUAAGAAAACUUCAGGAAACAUCAGGAGCAAAGAUUGCUAUUAGAGGAAAAGGAUCAGUGAAGGAAGGUAAAAAUAGAGGUAUUACCCAGCAGCAAAAUAACCUUGAAGACCCAUUACAUUGUCUGAUCACUGGUGAUACAGAGGAAAAAGUUUUGGCUGGUAUAGAGGCUUGUAAAGAUGUUGUUAAUAGAGCUAUUUCAACUCCAGAGGGUCAAAAUGAUUUGAAGCGUGGUCAAUUAAGGGAACUAGCUGCUUUGAAUGGUACUUUAAGAGAAGAUGAUGAUAGACCUUGUACAAUUUGUGGGUUGAGAGGUCACAAGAGGUAUGAAUGUCCAAACCGUACCAAUUACACAAGUCAAGUUGUUUGUCGUGCAUGUGGUAAUACUGGUCAUUUUGCAAGAGAUUGUAAACAGAGAAAUACUGGAGGUGCCAGGGGCCCAUUCGAUGUCGAUCAAGAGUUUGAUAAUAUGUUGAAAGACAUAAAUGUGAACAAUUACACAAGAAAUAAUGAAGAUGAACAACCUUAUAAGAGAAGAAAUAUAAAUCCACAAUCUCCUUUCCCAGGAAAACCUCCAGCUGCUGCUACUUCACAACCACCAGGAUCAUUUGCUCCUCCUGGUGUAUCAGCUCCACCAGGAUUGACACCACCACCAGGAUUAGCACCACCACCAGGAGUCUCAGCACCACCAGGUUUAGCAGCUCCACCAGGUCUAAGUGCUCCACCAGGCCUAAGUGUGUCACCGAGCUUUCCAUCGAUAGGACCUGCUCCACAGGGUAUGACUCCACCCCCAGGAAUCUCAGCACCUCCAGGAAUAGGCGCACCACCAGGGCUA